UUUGUAUAAACUCUUACAAACACUAGCAUAAGUGAUUAUGCUAUGAGAUAAGCUCAAAUAAACUCUUUAGUUCAAUGAAAAAAACAUCUCCAUGUCCAUGACUGGUUCUUCAAAAUCUCAAACUCAAGUGAAAGCCAAACAAAGCAAAGCAGUGUCAUUGAUUUGAUUCAGAGAAAGAAAAAGUGUGAAUUUGGAUUCAGUUGCAGGUUCUCUCUGUCAGGCAUUUCAUCGAAAACCUGCUCUGCAGAAGAAUAAGAAUAAUCCAAUCCAAACCAAAGUAACUAACUUCCCUCUCAAAAAGCGCGCCUACAAACUCGGCAUGGCGUCGUCGAAGGUUUUCUCGUCGAAUCCGGAUCUGCCACGCCAUUCUUCUUCUUCUUCUUCGCUUCGUUUUCUCUGAUCUCUAACCCCCCAUUUCCAUGGACGAUCUUCUCAAGUCCAUCUACACUCCUUCCAAGGACAUCAAACCCCCCACCUCCCUUGACGAUGUCUGGAGAGACAUCGUCGCCGCCGGAACCACCGCCAUCGCCGCCGAGGAAAUGACCCUUGAGGAUUUCUUAACCAAGACCGGCGCUGUCAGGGAGGAAGAUGUUAGAGGACUUCUUCCUCCUCCUCCUCCUCCUCCUCCGUCUCACUUCCACCUCCCUCCGCCUCCUCCUUCCGCUUCCGACGCUUCAUCUUCUCUUGUAACACCAAAUGGGGUUUCAGCGGCUUCAGUGGCUAAGGGGAAGAGAAGGGCUAUUGAGGAGCCUGUUGAUAAGGCCACUCUUCAGAAGCAGAGGAGAAUGAUCAAGAAUAGAGAGUCUGCAGCUAGGUCCAGGGAACGAAAGCAGGCUUACACUACUGAGCUUGAGGCUAUAGUUCAGCAGCUGGAGGAGGAGAAUGCGCGAUUAAUGGAAGAAGAGGCGGAGAGGAACAGGCAGAGGCUCAAGCAGCUCAGAGAGUGCCUCAUUCCAAUUGUGGAGAAACCGAAACCAAAACGGAAACUCCAGAGAUCAAAUUCAGCUUAAACGUUGUGAUCUUUUUUGUUACCAACAGAUCAGGUUUUGUGGCUUGGUGUAGAUAUAAGGGGGGGAUAUGAAAAAGAGGAGAAAUAGUUUCAGGUUACACAUAAUUCUGGUUCUUGGAGUUACAUUGCAUAGAGGAAAAAAGCAUCAGCCAAAUAAGUCAAGUAGUUUGAUUUAACCUGAACAUAUACAAUUGACCCACUGCUUGUGGAAGAUCCAUGGUUCUGGGUGGAAUUUGCCCAGAUAAGCCUUUUGAAUAGUUGAAAUAAGAUGUGUCAUGUUAAUUUAUGCAAUUUGGUUGCCAUGCUUAUUGAUUUUGUGGAUGGCAUACAGAAGGUGUGAGAGGAAUGAAUAAGAUCUAUUAGAUUUAAGAGUUUUCAUAUGAACUGAAAAAGAUUGGAGGAUCACUCAUGUUACAUGUUUAUCACAUGUUUUACCAAUUUCUAAAGCAGCAUGACUUGUGAUC